AUGGUGCACCUCGUCCGAGUGGCGACUUGUGCUCUGAACCAAUGGGCACUGGACUUUGAGAAUAAUCUGCGCCGCAUCAAGCAGAGCAUCCACGAGGCCAAAGAGGCUGGUGCUACGCUGCGCGUCGGCCCCGAGCUCGAGAUUACGGGCUACGGCUGUCUGGACCAUUUUCUCGAGAAUGAAGUGUACGAGAAUGCCUGGGACUCGCUCGAGUCCAUCCUGACUGACGAGUCGCUGCACGGCAUUGUCAUUGACGUCGGCCUGCCGCUGCUUCACCGCAACUGCCGGUACAAUGCGCGCGCCAUUGUCCUCGACGGCAAGAUUCUCUGCUUCCGCCCAAAGCUGUACCUGGCCAACGAUGGCAAUUUCCGCGAGAUGCGCUUCUUUACGCCGUGGAAAGGCCCGCGACACGUUGAGCAGUACUUUCUGCCGCCCCGGAUACAAAAGCUUCAGGGCAGCCGCCAGGUCCCCAUUGGCGAUGUCGUCUUGUCCACUAUUGAUACCUGCCUGGCUGCGGAGACUUGCGAGGAACUCUUUACCCCGAAUAGUCCGCAUAUUGAAAUGGGACUGAAUGGAGUCGAGAUCUUUACCAACAGCAGCGGUAGUCACCAUUCCUUGCGCAAAUUGGAUGAGCGCAUUGCUCUCAUCUCAGAAGCUACGCGCAAGAACGGCGGUGUUUAUCUCUACUCCAACCAGCUUGGCUGCGACGGUGACAGGUUGUACUAUGACGGCUGUGCCAUGAUAUUUGUCAAUGGCAAGCUUGUCGGCCAGUCCUCUCAGUUCUCCUUAAACGAAGUCGAGGUCAUUGUUGCCACAGUAGACCUUGAGGAAGUCAGAGCGGCGCGCUUUGCUCCGUCACGAGGCCAACAAGCGGUCCAAUCCCACGAGUAUCAGCGCAUUGAAGUCGACUUUUCCCUGACCAAUGACUCUGACUCUCUAGACGCACCCACUCCUUCCCGACCUCCUCGCUACCAUCUUCCCGAGGAAGAAAUUGCGCUGGGCCCUGCCUGCUGGCUGUGGGAUUACCUGCGCCGAUCCGGCGCGGCAGGCUUCCAAAUCGCGCUGAGUGGCGGCAUUGACAGCUGCGCGACGGCCACGAUUGUCUACUCCAUGUGCAGAAUCGCUGUUGCCGCUGCCAAGCAAGGCAACAAGCAAGUCAUUGACGACAUGAAGCGGAUUGCAAAGUAUACGGAUGGGCUCCCGGACACGCCGGAGGCGCUUUGCAACCAGCUUCUGCACACGGUGUACCUUGGCAUGGAGGUUCAGAGUAGCAAGGAGACGCGGCAGAGAGCCAAGGACUUGUCUGCGCGCAUCGGAGCAUAUCACCAGGAUGUGAAUAUUGAUGGCAUGUUUCACUCAGCCAAGGACAUCUUGACCCAGGCCACUGGGUUCACUCCCAAGUUCAAAGUCCAUGGAGGAUCAUGGACCCAAAAUUUGGCCCUUCAGAAUAUUCAAGCUAGGUCGCGAAUGGUCCUUACUUACCUCUUUGCCCAACAAAAUUGCGAGGUAAGAGAGAGGCCAGGUGGCGGUGGACUCCUGGUCCUGGGCAGCUCCAACGUCGACGAAUGCCUACGUGGAUACUUGACAAAAUAUGACUGCUCCUCUGCCGAUUUGAACCCCAUCGGCUCUAUCAGUAAAGUUGAUCUCAUCAGCUUCAUAACAUGGGCCGCAAAGAACUUUGACAUGCCAGUGCUUGAAGAAUUCGUCACUGCCGUCCCUACAGCGGAGCUCGAGCCCAUCACAGCAGAUUAUGUGCAAUCCGACGAGGCAGACAUGGGCUUCACGUACAAGGAGCUAUCGAAAUUCGGCGUCUUGCGCAAGGUUCACAAGCUUGGCCCGUACGGCUGCUUCCUCCGCCUGCUGAGCGAGUGGAAGGAUGAGAAGACGCCCCGCGAGAUUGCGGAAAAGACGCUCAACUUUUACAAAUUUUUCCAGCAGAACAGACACAAGCAAGUAGUAGCAACACCUGCGUAUCACGCUGAAUCGUACAGCCCGGACGACCAUCGCUUCGAUCUCCGUCCUUUUGUUUACCCACCCGUGUUUCAGAGCUGGUCAUUCAACAAAAUUUACGCCAGAGUGGAAGCAUUGGAAAAGAAGGCCAAGCAGACGUGA